GGUUUAUAAAGCAAAUAGAUAAAGUUCAGCAUAAUUUUUGAAUUUGGAAUGUGUAACUUCAAUAAUGGCGUCGCAACAAAAACAAGUUUCUCGACGACAAAUCAAAGACUGGAGCAUAAACUUUAGGGGUUUACAAAGUAAAAAAGACUUAGCUUUGCCACCUGGAUUUUCAAACAAAGGGCAAGAUUCCGUCUCAACAGCUGAUGCUACAGAAGAAGACACAGAAACACUAAUUGUUAAGAGAUCAUGGGACAUAGCGCUAGCACCAAUCAAGCAGAUCCCAAUGAAUAUUUUCAUUAUGUGGAUGGCUGGUAACACUAUCUCAAUCUUCCCCAUUAUGAUGGUUGGGAUGUCAAUGUUUAGAUCAUUCCAGGCCUUCUUUCAAAUAUCUGCAACUUUUAAAAUGAUAGAAGGUAGUCAGGCAAAUUUACAAAAAUUUGUAUUUUUCCUGGGUAACAUCGCUGGAGUUGUGAUAGCUGUAUACAAAUGCCAAUCUAUGGGACUGCUACCAACACAUGCAUCUGAUUGGUUAGCCUUUGUGGAACCACAACGGAGGAUGGAGUUCUCCGGUGGUGGCGUAUCAUUAUCCUGAAGAAGUAUCAAGUGACUAUAAGAAUCUGCCGUAAAUGAUA